UUUUUGUUUUUCUAUUUGCCUUCCAGUUGAGAAUGUGGCGCUCUAUGCUGCAGUUCUUUACACUCGACGGAUUGUUUCAUGUCAUACAUGAUCGCUUGGACGCACUAUACUAACCCCAACACCAGCUCCGUUCCCACCCAGGACCAGGUCCUCGUCCCCGAGACCCUCCUGAAGAAGCGCAAGAGCCAGGAGGCUGCCCGCGCUGAGCGCCGUGCUGAGGUCGACGCCAAGAAGAAGGCCAACAAGGAGAAGCGUGGCGUUAUCUUCAAGCGCGCUGAGUCCUACGUCAAGGAGUACCGCGAUGCUGAGCGUGAGAAGAUCCGCCUGGCCCGCGCUGCCCGCCAGGAGGGUAACUUCUACGUUGAUGAUGAGCCCAAGCUGGUCUUCGUUGUCCGUAUCAAGGGUAUCAACAAGAUUGCCCCCAAGCCCCGCAAGAUCCUGCAGCUCCUCCGUCUGCUCCAGAUCAACAGCGGUACCUUCAUCCGCCUGACCAAGGCCACCCAGGAGAUGCUGACCAUUGUCAACCCCUACAUCGCCUACGGUUACCCCAACCUGAAGUCCGUCCGUGAGCUCCUGUACAAGCGCGGUUACGGCAAGAUCGACAAGUCGCGUGUUGCCCUCACCGACAACCAGAUCAUCGAGGAGAACCUCGGCAAGUUCGGCAUUGUCUGCAUGGAGGAUCUGAUCCACGAGAUCUACACCGUCGGCCCCAACUUCAAGCAGGCCAACAACUUCCUGUGGCCCUUCAAGCUGUCCAACCCCAACGGUGGCUUCCGCACCCGCAAGUUCAACCACUACAUCGAGGGUGGUGACACCGGUAACCGUGAGGAGAACAUCAACGCUCUCAUCCGCCAGAUGAACUAGAGUGUUCUCUCUCAAAUCGGGAGUUUC